GUCCCCUUGGCGGCGCGGCGCAGAACCGCAGGCGCUCGCCCGGCUAAGCCUGCGCGGGGCCGCCUAGGUAGCUCACAGCUUCGCAGGCGGCCUCCGGUUGCAGACCGCUGCGCACACGGCCCUAGGCAAAGACAAGGGCUCACCCGAGGCUCGGCGGCCGACGCGGCUCUCGGAAUAUGGCAACCUGUGCAUGGCUUGUCCUGGGAGGAGCUGACUUCAGUCAUUGUGAUGCCUAAGAAUCAAGUGUGACGUUUCUCCAGGUACUUCAUGGUGUUCUCCUCCAUCCUCUCCACACCACUGCUCUACGUGGCUCCUGAAACAUGGGGGAAAACGAGGACGAGAAGCAGGCCCAGGCUGGGCAGGUUUUCGAGAACUUUGUCCAGGCUUCCACGUGCAAAGGCACCCUCCAGGCCUUCAACAUCCUCACACGGCACCUGGAUCUAGACCCUCUGGACCACAGAAACUUUUAUUCCAAGCUCAAGUCCAAGGUGACCACCUGGAAGGCCAAGGCCCUGUGGUACAAACUGGACAAGCGUGGGUCCCACAAAGAGUAUAAGCGAGGGAAGUCUUGUAUGAACACCAAGUGUCUCAUCAUUGGAGGAGGACCAUGUGGUUUGCGCACUGCCAUUGAACUUGCCUACCUGGGGGCCAAAGUGGUCGUGGUGGAGAAGAGGGACACCUUCUCCCGGAACAACGUGCUGCACCUCUGGCCUUUCACCAUCCAUGACCUGCGAGGCCUGGGAGCCAAGAAGUUCUAUGGGAAGUUCUGUGCCGGCUCCAUCGACCAUAUCAGUAUUCGUCAGUUGCAGCUCAUCCUGUUCAAGGUGGCCUUGAUAUUGGGGGUUGAAAUCCAUGUGAAUGUGGAGUUCGUGAAGGUUCUAGAGCCUCCUGAAGAUCAAGAAAAUCAAAAAAUUGGCUGGCGGGCAGAAUUUCUCCCUGCAGACCACUCUCUGUCAGAGUUUGAGUUUGAUGUCAUCAUUGGAGCCGAUGGCCGCAGGAACACGCUGGAAGGGUUCAGAAGAAAAGAAUUCCGUGGGAAGCUGGCUAUUGCGAUCACCGCCAACUUCAUAAACAGAAACAGCACAGCUGAGGCCAAGGUGGAAGAGAUUAGCGGCGUGGCUUUCAUCUUCAAUCAGAAAUUUUUUCAGGAUCUUAAAGAAGAAACAGGGAUUGAUCUUGAGAACAUUGUUUACUACAAGGACUGCACCCACUAUUUUGUCAUGACCGCCAAGAAGCAGAGCUUGCUUGACAAAGGUGUCAUCAUUAAUGACUAUAUCGACACAGAGAUGCUGCUGUGUGCAGAGAACGUGAACCAGGACAACCUGCUUUCCUACGCACGCGAAGCUGCAGACUUUGCCACCAAUUACCAGCUGCCGUCUUUAGACUUUGCCAUGAACCAUUACGGACAACCCGACGUGGCCAUGUUCGAUUUCACCUCCAUGUACGCCUCCGAGAAUGCAGCCCUGGUGCGCGAGCGACAGUCACACCAGCUGCUCGUGGCCCUGGUGGGCGACAGCUUGCUUGAGCCAUUCUGGCCGAUGGGCACCGGCUGUGCCCGCGGCUUCCUGGCAGCCUUUGACACGGCGUGGAUGGUGAAGAGCUGGGACCAGGGCACUCCUCCCCUGGAGCUGCUGGCUGAAAGAGAAAGUCUUUACCGGCUGUUACCUCAAACGACCCCAGAGAACAUCAACAAGAACUUUGAGCAGUACACAUUGGACCCGGGGACGCGGUACCCAAACCUCAACUCAAACUGCGUCAGGCCCCAUCAGGUGAAGCAUUUGCACAUCACUAAAGAGUUGCACCAGUGCCCUCUUGAGAGGCUGGGCUCAGUGAGGAGAUCUGUCGGCCUCUCCAGGCGGGAGUCAGACAUCCGGCCCAGCAAGCUCUUAACCUGGUGCCAGCAGCAGACCAAGGGCUACCAGCAUGUCAACGUCACAGACCUGACCACGUCCUGGCGGAGUGGUCUGGCCCUGUGUGCCAUCAUCCACCGCUUCCGGCCUGAGCUGAUCAACUUUGACUCUUUGAAUGAAGAUGACACUGUGGAGAACAACCAGCUGGCAUUUGACGUGGCCGAGCGUGAGUUUGGCAUCCCCCCAGUGACCACGGGCAAAGAGAUGGCCUCAGCCCCGCAGCCCGACAAGCUCAGCAUGGUCAUGUACCUCUCCAAGUUCUAUGAGCUCUUCCGGGGCACCCCGCUGAGGCCCGUGGAUGCUUGGCGCAAAAACUACGGAGAGAGUGCUGACCUUGGCAUGGCCAAAUCAUCCAUUUCUCAUAACUAUCUCAACCUCACGUUUCCAAGGAAGAGAACUCCACGAGUGGACAGCCGAACCGAAGAGAAUGACAUGAGCAAGCGGAGGCGGAAAGGCUUCAACAACCUGGACGAGCCUUCAGCCUUUCCUAGCCAGAGCUUGGGCUCCAAUCAAGAGGGCUGUAAAGAAGGUGGAAAUCAGAACAAAGUCAAGUCCAUGGCAAGUCAGCUGCUGGCCAAGUUCGAGGAGAACUCUCGGAACCCCUCACUCCUGAGGCAGGAGUCCAUACGGAAGGCGUUUCCCCUGAACCUGGGUGGCAGCGACACCUGUUAUUUCUGCAAGAAGCGCGUGUACGUGAUGGAGCGGCUGAGCGCAGAGGGCCACUUCUUUCACCGGGAGUGUUUCCGCUGCAGCGUCUGUGCCACCACCUUGCGCCUGGCCGCCUAUGCCUUCGACAGUGAUGAAGGCAAGUUUUUCUGCAAGCCUCAUUUCAUUCACUGUAAAACCAACAGUCAGCAACGGAAGAGACGGGCAGAGUUGAAGCAACAAAGAGAAGAGGAGGGGAUGUGGAAAGAGCAAGAAGCCUCUAGGCGAGACCCUCCUGCGGAAAGUUCUUGCGCUGCCGCCGCCAUCGGCACGCCGGAAGGCAGCCCCCCAGGUAUCCCCAAUUCCUUCUUUAGGAAGGUGCUAAGCUGGCCCCUCAGGCUGCCGUGGGGCCUGCUUCACCUUCCCCAGAGGCUGCUUAACUGGAUUCAGGGACUGCUGCGUGCUGCCAGUCUGCAUAUCAGGGACAAUGCUUACAACUACUGCUACACGUACGAGCUCCUGAGCCUCGGGCUGCCGCUGCUCUGGGUGUUCUCCGAGGUCCUGGCUUCCAUGUACCGGGAGACCGAGGAGUCCCUCGAGGGCAUCCGCGACUGGCUGCUCAGAUGCUUCCCGGCCAAGCUGCACUGAAGCCCAGCCCCAAAGUGCCGUAACAUUUCCCGUGUAGAUGGCAGCAUGUGCAGCCAGCCCAGGCGCUGGCCAGGGAGCCCCACGCCCUUUAACCAGUUAGUUCAAAGCCAAAGAGUUUCCCGUCGGCCACCUGCACCUGGCCUGGUCGCGGUGAACAUCUGCUCCCGGUGCCCAGGCCAGCACGACAUGAAGGAUAUUUUUUUAUACCUUUGUACUUUUAUACCAAAGCGAGCCAUAUUUCUAGGUUUACAUUUCAAUUUUUAACUUUUAAUAAGCCAAGAGAAAGCAUCUUUUUCUAUGAGUGUCAGUUUUUCUAGACACGGGUUUGACGUUUAUAACUGGUACUACAAACCCUUCCCACGUUGUGGUCAGUUGUAAUCGCUGCUGCCUGCAACGUGAAUGAUUUGGGCUUCUCUGUAAACCAAAACCAGUGCCUUUUGAUUUAUGUGCCUGGAUACCACUUUUCAACAACGGACAGUUGUUUGCAACAUGAAAGCAUAAUACUUUAGAAGAAAAAAAUAGAAAGGGCAGAAGAGAAUUAAACCUACAGAAGCACGUGGCAGUGUGUAGUUGCCUGUUAUCUGUCCUCCCAGAGGGCGGAGGACUGUUUUCUCACUUGUUUGGAUGUAAAAGAGUAGCGUAAAGGUUCCUUGCUCAGAACCCCAUCACAGCCAAAUGAUGUGGAACCACAGGGUCUCAAGCAGAUUGCUACAAAUAUACGUUUCCCUUCCCACUAAUGAGCACGGCAGCGAAAGCCCAUUGGCCCCUGACCACGUGGAGCUCCAUCAAACUGAUGCAGUGUUGAAGAGGAGUUAUGUCCCCUGGUGGCAUUUUAAGCCCUCCUUAUGAGGUCCCCAGCCCAGGCUGCAGUCCGAGCCGAGGCCACUCAGGGUCCACAGCCAUGAGGCUGAGGGGAGAAACUGCCCUUUCACAUAACGUCCUUUGAGACCGAGGGCAUUUGUUAGCAGCUCAGGGUAUUAUUUCUGGGAAGUGCGGCCUGCCCCGUGAGCAUGGCUUGCAGAUGUCCCAGCUUCUUAGCCGCUCGGCUGCCAUGCAUAUUUGGUCAAACAGUCAGAAACCAUUUAUUUUCACGCUGUCCUAGCAAAGGAAUGCAUCUGACCUCCAGGGGGAAGCUCCCCUGUGUCUUGACUGUCAGGGGAGGCUGGGAGUGGACGCUAUUACUGACUCAUGCAAAAGAAAUACACCCUAUUAAGGGCAAAACAGGACUUGGGCCCACCUGCAUUCUUCUCUCUGGGCAUCUGGAAGAGGCCUCAGCUCUCCCAACUCCACUUGCCUGGACAUGCACGGCUGCUGAGUCUGGCUGAACAGUGGAGAUGGCUGAUAGAGAAAGGCCUUCUGCAGUGUGUUCAGUGUAUCUAGAGUGGCUGGGCCAGAGACGGCUCUCUGCGUGUUACACUAGAAAGAUCCUCUAGGUUAAAUAAGGAUGGAGCCCGGUAGGUUAGGAGCCAGAGCUCUUGAGGCCUUUGAGAUGCCAAGUUCUCUAGGGUGGGAAGAAGUGGGGAGGCAUUUCUAUAAACACUUCCCUGAGUCCUUGGGCAAAUCAGGGACAUGGCUGCGGCCAAGUUCGUGGGAACUGGCGUCUCUGUCCUUGUUGGAACUGUUCUCGUCCUAUGACUUGCAUUGUGUUUUUCCAAAUUUCUGCUGGUAUUUUAAUGUUCCGCAUGGUGGGAGGAGCCCUUGAUUCAUUUUAUGUUUGAUUCUGAAAGUCACGACAUAAACACAUGCACGGCUGUCAUUGUUAUUCCCGUCAGCUCAGGGCAGGGUGAGAUGCUUUGUGGGAUGCUCCGUGAAGCCAGUUAGGAUCUCUGAGAAUGUCACUUUUGGCCAUAAGGAGACUGGUUUGAAUUACUCUGGCGAGACAGGGCGUGCCUGUCAGAAGCCUGAGUUGUUUGUAUGUUCUGAGACUUUGAACCUUCCUGGUGGGGCAGCACCAAAACACAAAGGUGGGUCCUGGAGGGGGGGCCGGAUGUCUCUAAGCCUCCACAACAUAUUCAAGAAUGAACGUGGGGCUCGAGAGUAAAAUCGGGGCAGAGAGGAUGUGGAGGGCUGUGGAGGACAGAGGAGGGACGGCCAAUUGCACGGAUUCACUCUUGCAGAUAAGUGGCUGCUCACUGCCAGAAAGGUUCAUCCGUCCUAAGCAAACCGUAACUUGUUUGGGGAAGUUUCUAUUUUUUUAAUGGUUGCCUCGUUUUCAAUUCCCGUGCCUUCUCGUGUUGCCUUGUGCCCCGCAACUAAAUUCUCUUUUCUGUCUCUCUCUUUCCGACCUUACACUGUGGCCGUCAGUUCAUUUCAGCCUUCCGGUGCUACACCCACUUCUUGGCUGACACAAUUCUGCUCUGAGGUGACUGGUUUUCUUGCCAAUUUUCAGAGAGUGGUACUAACCCCUGACCCGCUUUCCGUACCCCAUGCCCCCGCCGUGGCCUUGGUUGAGCUAACUGCGAGUGUCUUGCAUACUAAUGCGCUCAUUCAGUGGCAUGGUUGGUGAACAGCAUGGGGUGGUGUUCAGCUCAAAAGCGAAAGCCGUUUCUGAUUCCAUCCCUCUGAGCCAGCUGCCCGGUUCACCCCAAGUGCCUGCCCCACCUCCCCUCUGCGCCCUGCGGCCUGCGUGCAUGCUUUUCUGGUUGCACGUACAAAGCCCCUCACCUUACUGGGAGGGUUAACCCCGAAUGUGAGACAGUACCAUAGAGAGGGCGCUUCACCAUUGAAAAGAACUCUUUCACCUCUCAGCCUCUGAAAAAGCACAUGCAUACCAGCAUCUUCUUCAGUUGGUUCUAGUAUAAAGGUUAUCGAUGAAAACCAUAGGUGACUCUUUUCAGAAGGAUUUAAAAAAAAAAAUACUCCCAGGCUUCAUCACAAGCUUGACCCAGACUCUGUAUUUUGAACACACAAUCACAAUUUUCCUAGCAAAUCCUUUCUCCACUGCAGCCUAUACUUUACCUCCAAGGGCUUUGCUGUGGCUCUUCUGAUCGCUCUGGGCUCGUAAAGCCCUGGAUGAUACAGAAGCUUCAACUAGAGCAGUCAUUGUCACAGACCAGGGAUGCCUUUGAGAGAUGACUCAGUUGGGCCCCAGGUCUGGAGCAGCGCAUUUCAAUGCCCCCACGAGCCUUUAGCUGGAGCAGCAGGACACUCAGAGUGCUUUUAAAGAGAAACACCAUGCCAAGUACAGUGGGGCUGCUGAAGGCCAGGCCUCGCAGUCUCGGGCCGCAGGUGGGGUACGUCCUGCAUGCGGCCCAGAGCCAUGCUGACCCUUGCCUGUCUGCACAGCCCCGCAUGCUGCAUGGCUCCCUCGUUGGUGCAGAUCCUAGCCAGGACCAAGUCACCGUUCUUGUCUUAUCUUCUCUUGCAGAGUCUCCCCCCUUUUUAGAAUGUCAACCAAAGAGUGCCCUCCUCCCUCCAGCCUCCUCCCUAGCUAGCCUCCCCACAUCAUCACCACGCAUGUUUGUGACCUUUGGUAGUCAUUACAGUGCCACAUGGA